AUGGAGUCUUCCAGCGUCGAACGCUCCCGUCCGAUGUACUUUGCCUAUGGAAGCAACCUUUGGCUCGACCAGAUGCGCCGACGUUGUCCUGACAGUGUUUUACGCGGCGUUGGUAUUUUGCGUGACUGGAAAUGGAUAAUCACAGAUCGAGGAUAUGCCAACAUCGUCCCAUCGCCCGGCGAUCUAGUUUAUGGCCUGGUUUUUGACCUGAGCAAGUCAGACGAAGAUACGCUUGACGUAUACGAGAAUGUGCCGAUCGCGUAUGAGAAGGAGUACAAGGCGGUGGAAUUUGGUCCUUUGGAUACGAAGUCGAGCUCUGCUUUGGAGGAGGUGCUGAUAUAUAUCGACCACAUACGGGUGACAGAGAACAAGCCAAAGCAUGAGUAUAUUCAUCGAAUCAAUAGGGGGAUAGAGGAUGGAAUCAAGCAUGGCGUUCCGGAGAGCUACUUUGAGAAGUAUUUUAGGUCAUUCAUACCUGCAGACUCGGCUAAUAAUGCGCCGUAG